AUGUAUAGGACAAUGAGUUUCUUUGCCCAAUUCACCAACCUACCCGCCAUCGCCACCGGAAAGGCCCUUCUUCUGCUUGACUUCCAGAAUGACUUUGUACGACCGAAUGGCGCGUUGCACGUCUCCAACACCGCCGAUUUUCUCGAUCUCUUGCCUCAGCUCGCGACCGCCUUUCGGCGCAAUGGCGAGGUGGUGUGGGUGCGUUCUUAUUACCAAGAACGACAGCCCUUGAUCAGCCCGACAGACGCACAGGACCUCAUCGUGCUCGGUCGCAUGAACCGAGAGACCAGAAUACAGAUUCCCGACGAAGAUGCUUUCGAUCCCUCUGAUCCCUCCGCCGCCGAUCGUGCCGGACCCGUUGAUGAAGAAGCCUUCCUCUCUACCGACUCUCCACGAUGCUGUAUUCCCCAUUCGACUGGCACACAAUUUCCGGCCCCAAUACUGGCUGCCAUUGACAACGAGGCGGAUAUGUUAGUCGACAAGUUUGAAUACUCCGCCCUGCAGGAUCAAGGCCUAAUUCUGUACUUCCGCACGAGAUUCAUCACCCAACUAUAUCUCUGUGGGUCGCUGUCCAACACCUCUGUCUACGCCACAGCCCUUGAUGCCGUGCGCCAUGGUUUCACUGUAACACUCAUCGAAGACUGUCUUGGGUUCCGCAGCUUUACGCGCCAUGAGGAAGCGAUGCGCCGUAUGGCUGAUAUUUUCGGAGCCAAUGGUAUUACAACUCAGGAAUUAUUUCAAGAGCUGGACUGGGAGGAGACAGACGAGAUUGCGCGCAAAGGGAGCCCGCGCCCAUUGCAGUCACUGACUCCCGCUGGUAUCGAAAAUGUCCUGGAUGAACUAGAGGUGAGACCUAGCGCCUCCCCCACGACGAAGGAGGAGAGCCCAGAAUCAGGCUCGAGCGGAGGCCGACGCCGCAGGAUUGAUGACAUUCUGGCGGAGUUCACCGAUAACGAGGACGGAGACCUGAAAGAGCUAGCUUCUCUGACUCGCUCGCGUGCUCGAUAUGGGGAUUCAUCCCGUGGAGCGACGCCCGGAGGGUCGGGGGAGAAGAAGGUUCGUGCUCGGGUGCGACGUUCAAAACGGCCAGAUACAAAGACAGAAUCUGCGUCUCGGUCCGACAAGCGACGCAGCGGCAAGUCCAAGAAAACCGAUACAUACCGACCGGGUGACGUGAUCGGUGAGGGAGAUUCCCGCAUCAUCUAUGAUCUCGACCUACCAUCCGAGGCCUUCGAGAAGAUCCGCGAGGAAGUGUCAUGGCAGAAGAUGUAUCAUCUGUCAGGCCAAGUGCCCCGUUUAGUAGCGGUGCAAGGCAAAGCAUUAGAGGACGGAUCCAUACCUAUCUAUCGCCAUCCGGCUGAUGAGUCGCCACCACUGCAACCCUUCACGGCCACAGUGAACAAGGUGCGCGCGAUUGUGGAGCGCAUUCUCGGGCACCCGUUGAACCAUGCGCUCAUUCAGCUCUACCGGGAUGGGCAAGACCGAAUUUCCGAGCAUUCCGACAAGACUCUCGAUAUCGUCCGAGGCUCCUCAAUCUGCAAUGUUAGUCUCGGUGCUCAGCGGGUCAUGGUUCUCCGCACCAAGGGUGCCGCAGAAGGUGGAGAGUCGGGCCGACAGACACAACGUAUUCCCAUGCCCCACGAAUCCCUGUUUAUCCUUGGAGAUGAAACAAACCGGCGGUGGCUUCACGGUAUCCGACCGGACAAGCGGCCGGAAGCGGAGAAGUCGAUGGAAGAGCGCGCAUACGAGGGGCAGCGCAUUUCCCUGACCUUCCGUCACAUUGGCACGUUCCUUAACCCAGCCGGCGACACCAUUUGGGGCCAGGGCGCAGUGUCAAAGUCGCAGGAGCAGGCACAGCCAGUAAUUCAUGGAGAUGCAAGCGAGACGGAGCGCAUCAUCCGGGCAUUCGGAGAAGAGAACCACGCGACAGAGUUCGAUUGGGAGCAGGUGUAUGGAAGCGGUUUCGACGUGGUCAAUUUUGUCACGGCGGGUACAACUAAGCUCAUCCUUGGGCCGGAUGCCGUGGCUAAUCUGCGGGUGCGGUUGUGCCUGAGCGAGAAUGGAAUCCGCUACGAAACCGAAUCAAUGUCUGCGCGCACCCCAGAAAACGACGUGCGGCCACUUUAUGUUGCCGCUGACGGAACCCAAAUAGCUGGUGACGUCACCAUCUUGACCCACUUUGCGCAGCACGCCGCAGAGCUCGUGCGAUCAGAGCUUGAUGCCCUACGCGGGGGAAGUCAUCUGGCAGCUAUCGACGAUCUUCUGGCCGGUUGGCGCGACUCACAACGCCAGGGAUCUGGCGAGUUCGAUUUGACGCGGUGGGAACAGGCCCUGACCGGGCAGACCUACCUGGGCGGCGCUGGGUUCAGCAUUGAUGACUGCGCGCUGUGGCCCGUUCUGAGGGAAAUUGCGCGGUCGACAACACUACUCUCGGACAAGCGCUACCCAAACCUAGGCCAGUACUAUCAGCGGGUGGAGAAGCGCGGGCUGGUUAAGGCGGCGUUGGAGGAGAUGGACUAAGCAUGGGCAG